CAGAAGUUGUACAAGAUGGCUGUUGUUGACCUCUGACUUUCUCUUUGGCAUGGUCGUUGGAGGAAGGUUUAGUCUUCUAGAUCUAGCCUUUUUGUGGAGUCUGUGUUAAAGGCAGAUCAAGAUGUUGCCUUCACGACUGUCCUCAAUGAUGUCCACAACUUGGGCCUUCAGUCGCUCGAAAUGUCUGACUUUCCUGAGCAGAAGCAGCAGCAGCAGCAGCAGCGGUAGCGGGUACGGUGCGUCUAAAUCUGACCACAGUCUGGCCACAUACAAACUGGAGAGCCAAGAGGACAAAGCCUCUGCGUACGCCUCACCCAGCCCGUACAAAAACCCCGGGCCCCGGAGAUACGGCUAUCAGACCAAGUAUAAGACUCAAGGUGUUCUCCCUCGCAACGAGCGGCCCGUGAGGUCUCUGGACCCAUACAAGGCCAAGAACCGCUGGACCAAGGACAGGGCUCUCUUUGGACAAAACGACUACAUCGACAUCUUGGGAGACGGAGACGUGCAUCCCGCGGACUUGCUGACCGGGCCCAAGUGGCUGAUUGCCUUCAAGGGGAACGAACUGGAGCGUCUGACGAGGAAGAUGGAGUGGGAGGGGCCGCGACUCAAGACCUUCUACCCCUCGGAGUGGAACCGCGUGGACAAGAGGAUCCGCUACCUCACCCGCCUCUACAACAACAAGAGGCACAAGAGGUCGGCGGAUUGAGGUGGCGCCGAAGUUUGCGUGUUGUUUGUAGUUUCUGUGUGUGAGUGUACGCGGAAUGUUUGUGUCGUUUGUAGUUUCUGUGUGUGAGGUUGGCGCUCCUAUGACCGAAUGCAGUUGCUAGUGCCGUAAAAUCACUGCUAAAACUAAAACAAAAAAGUAUAUGAGUGUACGCUGAAGGUUUGCCUGUUGUUAGAAUUUCAGUAUUUGAAUGUACUCUGAAGGUUUGUAUCAUGGGUGUCAGUAUGUGAGUCGUGAGUGUACUUUGAAUGGACAGCAGCUCGAGUUAAAAGAUGCUAGACGUGUGUCUGCUUGCGUGCAUGCGUGCGUGUGUUUGUGUGUGUAUAUAUUCAUAGCUGCCUCCUGUUUGGAUCAAAUAAAUGCUUUUGAAUCUUUGAA